GUAAUUAGGAAAGGUUUUUUUGAGAACAAAGAAGUGUCUGUCAAGGAGAACUUUGCUGAUCUGGUCACAGAAACUGAUCAGGCAGUCGAGAAAUUAGUUAUCAACCACUUGAAAUCAAAAUUCCAAAAUCAUUGCUUCAUAGGAGAGGAGUCAGCUUCGGCAGAGAAAGGUCAACACAUAAUUCUAACCGAUGCUCCAACAUGGAUUAUUGAUCCCAUAGAUGGCACCACUAAUUUUGUGCAUAAGUUUCCAUUCUGUUGUAUUUCGCUUGCUCUAAUGGUGAACAAAGUUAUUGAGUUUGGCAUAGUCUACAAUUCAGUGACCAAUGAAAUAUUCUCAGCCAAACGUGGUCAGGGUGCCUUUCUGAAUGGAAACAAGAUCUCAGUCUCUCAGGUCAAAGAGCUGAAAGAUGCGCUUGUGUGUGCAGAAAUUGGUUCCAGUAGAGACGACGCAACCCUGACUGUUAAGUUUGAUAACAUGAAGAAAAUCAUUGAGAAAGCUCAUGGCAUCCGUUGCCAGGGCUCGGCCGCCUUGAACAUGUGUUACGUUGCCUGUGGUAGGGCAGACGCCUACUUCGAGUUUGGGCCUCACAUCUGGGAUUUUGCAGCUGGGGAGAUUAUCGUUAAGGAGGCUGGAGGUGUCGUCUUUAGCACUGAUGGUUCACCAGUUGAUUUGCUGGCAAGAAAAGUUCUCUGCUCCUCUUCUAAAGAGCUCAGUUGCUCAAUCACUAAACUCAUUCAAGACAUUCCUUACGAUAGAGAUUGA